AACGCCAGAGUCUGAAACGAGGUGCCGCGAUUCAAGGCAUCCGUUUGUGACGUGGCGAGUGUCUAGAAGAAUCUUUGGGCGACUUGAAACCAUGUAGACGCGAUUCUUUUCUCUUCUUUUCUUCGCAUUAGCCUGCAGCAUCGCUUGAUAUCAACUUCCAGAGCGUCUGGUUUUAGACCACAGACACAUCUUUAUGCUUGAUACCCUAUACUUCAACAACUGUCAAUAUGCCGGAACAUGACCCCUUGGUUCUAUCAUACUCUCACCUCGCACAGUUUCGCCGAGCUGAUGAGGCACUGACCAUCUUGAAGAAGGUGGCCUCCCUAGUGAAGCCAAUCAUGCGCAGUCGUGGGUGGAAAGUUGGGGAGCUGGUCGAGUUCUAUCCCAACCAGCAUAACUUACUUGGCCUAAAUGUCAAUCGUGGGAUGAGAAUAUGUCUGCGGUUACGUUACCCGCAGGACCAGAAUCAGUUCCUCCCAACCGAAAGUAUCGUGGACACGAUGCUACACGAACUAUGUCACAUUGUACAUGGGCCUCAUGAUGCCAAGUUCCAUGCUCUCUGGGACCAGCUGCGAGAUGAAUGGCAAGGGCUGCUUUUCAAGGGAUACACGGGCGAAGGAUUCUUGUCCGAGGGUCAUCGGCUAGGUGGAAGACAGGCGCUGCCGACUCAUGAGGUGCAGCGGCUUGCCCGAGCUGCCGCAGAAAAGCGCAAAGCUCACGAGCAGUUGACUCGCGGGUCAGGACAACGGCUUGGCGGAGGGGAUAUAUCACGGCCGCCAAGGCCAGGUAGAAAUCUACGCCAAGCAGCGGCAGCGGCGGCCGAGAAGCGCUCAAAGGCCCUCGAGGGCUGUGCCACGGACAAGCUGAGCGACAAUGAGAUCCAGAUCAUUGCAGAUACCGCGUCGAAGAAUGGAUUCCGUACGCAGGCAGAAGAGGACGAGGCCAACGAUCUUGCCAUUGCGCAAGCCUUGUGGGAGAUGGCGCAGGAGGACGACAUGGCAAAUAUGGGUGGCUCAUAUGUGACCUCAUCGCCUGCGGAAAAAUUAAUGACUGGAAACGGGAACAGGACGAGAGCAGUGCCUCCUCGUCUGCCUCCUCGUCCUAGCGAAGAGCGAUUCUGGAUCUGUUCGGUAUGCACUCUGCAUAACCCGCAGGACUUCUUGUGCUGCGAUGCCUGCGGAGUGGAGCGAGGCGAGGCAACAUUACACAUACCGGUGACGCCGAGACAGCCCGGGCCGAGGCCAGCGGUGAUUGACCUAACAGACAGCCCUCCAAAGAAGAAGACGAAGGCUCUCGAGACAUUGCGAACAGCCCAGAGGCCACCAGCGUCGACAUCGGCCUCGGGCGCCGUGUCGGCACCGGGCCCAGCUCAACCACCUCCUCCGCCCACUUGGCGCUGCGAGUUUUGCACGACGGAGAUGGCGCGGCAGUGGUGGACCUGCUCGAACUGCGGACAGAUGAAGUUUAAUUCACGAUAGGCUGACGAGCAUGGCGCGAUGCCACUGGCACUAUUUCUGGCUAGGCAAGCCGAAGCCGAACCAUACAUACAUGGACUACAUGGACUGGAGAGAAUGCGGUGAAGUUGCCCGUGUCUUUGGGGGGGCCCCAUAAAAAACUGCUGGAUGCAAAUUUGUUUGCGGAAUGGGAUGGGAAAGCUUUACGAGCAGUACGGAGCACCAAGUAGCUACUACUACAAGUACUACUACUGUGGACUACGACUUGCAGGAGCCCUCCAAGACAAAAGCCAGGGUCUCUGGUGUGCUUUUUUUCUGGAGCCGGGUGGUAUUAGGAAAAGCGCCGAUUGGAAAAUGGAGUUAAGAUCGCCUUGGUGGAGCUUUCGAGGCAUGAGCCUUUUGAUGCGAUUUGCUGUCUAAGUCGAGCUGUGGUGUUGGAGUUUUCGGAGGGGAACAAAGGGAGCCAGCGAAGUACUUGCUGCGGGUUUAUAUGUAUGCAUUUAGGCCAUCAGUUUAAUGAAAGAUUUUGUCU